GUGCCCUGACGUCGCUCCUCGUUGAUGACGGUGGCAGACAGCCUCAGUAUCCGAGGAGGAGUUCCUGCUAACACAAGAUACAUUUUCCUACGAGCUGCUCUGGAAAUACAUAAGAGCCGGGAAUCAGACGACUGCCACCGAGGCAUUGUGGGAAACCUGUGAGCUGUGCGUGACCUGACGCUGCCUCACAAGCGACUCUCACAUUUGUUUUGGAGGCCUGUUGCUAACUACGGGAAAUCCUCGGGCUAGCCCCGGUAGUCACUGGGCCGAAACAGGACGCAGAGGACCCGGACCUGGAGCUCCGUGGGCUGCUUUAGUCGACGCUAGCUGCUCCAUCUUACUAUCAAAACGAAGACGUAAGCUCCCCUGGUCCUCGGUGGCGGAUCUAAAUCAGCGUAACUCGAGACGAUGUCACUUUGACAGCUAGCUAACAUUAGCUCUCCUGUGUUUACAAGCCAAAGCUCCUCUGGAGAAGUGGCCACUGAGGUGUGUUGGCUUCAGUUGGGGGUUUCAUGCUCGGCCUCUUUUCACCUGUCCGCUCGCUGGUGGUGAUUUGUGAACUUGUUGAACUUCUGUGUCCCCGGACUGAAGGUCGCCCGCUCGAUCAGAAGGUCUCUUCGCUGAGGUUAUCACAUCUCCAGGCUUAUCUGCUGCAGCGCAAACUUUGUUAGCUGCUUGGACUGUGAGGAUCAGUCGACUUUCUUUGUUUCCUUGAAUGUCAGAUACAGAACAGCAAACAUAUUGUUAAGGGUUAAAAACACGUGUCGAUUUUUAAUGCGAAGACGAACGGGUUUGAUCAGAAGGAGUCGACGUGUACUGAUUUGAUUAUUAUUGGGACACAGGUGAAGCACAGUGUCCCGGAUGACGGCUCCCAGAGAAGUGUGGGCUUUGCUGCUGUCAGGACUCCCAGGUGUCACCUGUUCUGCUCGGCAUUGUUAAUCUCACACCAGCAUCCAACACCUGCUGCACCAGAGGGAAUCGACCCGCUGCUUGUGUGUCUCUGCCUUGAGCUGAUCUGCUCAAGAAGGAACAUCUUACAACACGAUGAAUCGCUACCUGCCAGUGGCACGGCAGCACUUCCUGGCUGCUCUGGCCAGCACCAGUGUGGUGGUGAAGACCAUCAGCGCCGUGGUGGUGCUCCUCUACCUGCUGUCAUGGGCCGUCGACACCCCGUACGCGCUGGGGGUGACCCCGGGGUACCUCUUUCCGCCCAACUUCUGGGUGUGGACACUGGUGACCCACGGGGUCGUGGAGCAGCACGUCUGGGGCGUGGCAGCCAAUGUGGGGACAGUUAUGGCAUGUGGCCGACUCCUGGAGCCUCUGUGGGGCGCUCUGGAGCUCCUGAUCUUUUUUGCAGUGGUUAAUGUGUCUGCAGGCCUCCUGGCUGGACUCUCCUACCUCCUCACCUAUGUGGCCACCUUUGACCUGGACUACCUGUUUGCUGUGCGGGUCCAUGGAGCAGCUGCGUUCCUUGGAGGUGUCCUGGUGGCGUUGAAGCAGACCAUGGGGGACACUACGGUGCUCAGAGUGCCACAGGUGAGACUCAAAGCAGCACCCGCUUUGGUCCUCCUGCUCCUGGCCUUACUGCGCCUGUCUGGGCUGCUCGACAGCUCUGCCCCACUGGCUGCAUUCAGCUACGGCACACUGUCUGGUUGGGUCUACCUGCGCUUCUACCAGAGGCACAGCCGAGGGCGCGGGGACAUGUCGGACCACUUUGCCUUUGCAAGUUUCUUCCCUGAGGCUCUGCAGCCCGUCGUGGGGCUGCUGGCAGGGCUGGUCCACUCCGCUCUGGUGAAGAUAAAGGUGUGCAGAAAGAUGGUGAAGAGAUACGACGUGGGGGCACCCUCCUCCAUCACUAUCAGCCUGCCAGGGACGGACCCACAGGAUGCAGAGAGGAGGAGACAACUGGCCCUCAAAGCUCUGAACGAGCGUCUAAAGCGUGUGGAGGACCAGUCUGCCUGGCCGAGCAUGGACGACGAGGAAGAUGACGAUGAGGACGAAGUCAGAACUGACACACAUCCACUCCUCCCAGGUGGGAGAGACCCCUCAUCCUCCUCCACACUGAGACCAGCAGGGGGACCCAUCGGCGCCUCCACCUUGUCAUCCUCAAUGUCUCAGAGCGGCGGAGCAGCAUCCACAGGUGGCACACAACACCCGGAGUCCAGCAUUAUCAGCUUCGAGGAUGCACCUUCUAGAUCGUAACAAAUGGAACGAACGUGUACGGAUCCGAACGCUGUGUUCUGUGUCACUAGCAGGUACUAGCAUUCACUGUCUCUGGCUAGUAUACUGAUAUAUUCGGUGACAGUGAUUAGGCAUACACUCAGUAUCUCUCUCACACACACACACACGCAUACACACACAAACACACAACAUCUUUGACGACCGUGCGCUAACACACACACACUGUCAAUGUCAUCGUGAAGAGAGGUGGUAACUGUGCAGUGCUUUCAGUUGAGACGUUUUGGUUGUUAACACUCAGUGUAUUUGGGCAAAUUGGACACUUUAUUCUUCUCAUCCUUUCUGCAUCAUCCAGAAAUUCUGUCUUGUCUGGACUUCAUUCGAACAGCAGAGCUCUGUCUGCUGCAAACUCCAUGUGUCUCUUUCUCUUGGUUCCUAAAUAAAUAACAAAAUGUUUGUACGAUAUUCUUUUUGUAAGUCAUUUUCAGAGCAGCCAUAAUUGUUCUCUGAUUGCCUGCUACAUGAAAGUCGUCAGUGACCGAGACUUGUGCCGAAUUUUUGAUUCUUGCUAAAAGGCCAACUCUUUUCGCGCACUGGUGUGAUAAGUGCUAAAAAAUGGCUGCACGAGACGUUAGCGUUUGUUUGUUUGGUUCCAAAUAUGUAACCAGAUGUGUAACAGAGGAGAAAGUGUGGAAAGCAUGUGCUUGCUCAGCACCAGCUGCUGUACCAGAGGAAAGAAGCUGCUGCAGGUCUGACCUGCUGAUGAACUUUGAUACAAAGUGCCAGGGGAAAGAAUUUUCAAACCAGGUUCAUUUGCCGCCUGGUGUCUCUCUGGAACAGCAGGCUGAGAAAUGGACUCUGGAUUUUUUUUUUUUAUUGCCCAGAUUGAUGCUCAGUGGAAAUCAAUUUGGUAAUUUUAUCUUUUCUUUUUUUUUCUUCAACAAAAUCAAAAAGACUUUCAAACUUUGUUUCUGUGCAUUAACAAGACAUGUAAAUGGUGUUACUCUCACACAGACGGACGGUGGUGAUGAUUUUGAUUCUUCUUGUUUUAUGACAUAUGUUUAAGUUAAUUUCAGGCCUAAUCCUGGAGCACCAUCCUGCACCGUUUUAGACUUCCACAUCCCAGCUCUUUAGUUGUCUGAGUGAACAUGAUACAGAGAAGUGUACAGUGUGUCAUGGUUGUGUUGGCUCCUUUUCAAAUGCAGAGGAGUGAUCAUGAGAAGAUUAUAUAACAGCCUGUAUCCACAGUGUGCUGGUAUUUUUAUGUCACAAUGAUCAGUGAGUUGCAGAUUCAGAGUUUGUAUUUGUAUCUGUGAUGUGUAAGACAUUGACUCACGAGGAUAAAUGACUUUAAAGACCGAAGAUGCCUGUGUUGAUCAGUAGUCUGUCUGGUACAGGUCUCUCAGUCGCAUCCUUUCCACUUAUACAUCUCUCAUUUCUAAAAUGACAGUGCUACACUGAAGGCGGUGAUGAAUAAUUCACUAUGGAGGUUGAGGGGCAGCUUAAUUGUUUAAUCUAAAAUGUUUCAUGAAUUCCAAACAAACAAAAAGGUCAGUGACACAUUUGUUUUUCAGAAAUUAAUCACUGUGCAUGUCCAGUUAUAUUAUAGUAACAAAUCAAAUUUUUGAAUUUCCAAUUUCCCUUAUGACCUUGUUGAUUAAAGUCAGCUGCAGCCAAUAAAUAAUUUUACACGUAGCAAUCCCGGUAGUCGGAAACUGAAGUGUUGUGAUCACAAGGUUGAAAAUGUCUCUGAUUUUACUGCGAAUUCCCGAGUUGUUAGGAAAGUGAAUAUGCACCUCUGCUGCACAUAUAUCAUGGUUCUGAACGUGAAAAAUGUUUAAACGUCACUGAAAUUCUUGAUGGUCUUUCAGGGAAAACAAGCUCAGAAAUUGAUUCUGCAGAUUGCCUUAAUGGUUAGUUGAUGCCUCUUAAAAUUCAGAGACUAAAAAUGUGGAUUCAUGUCACCGCUGUUUGGUUUGGACAUUUUACUCUCUACGCAGGCCAGAGAAGCUAUUUGAAAUUUAGGAAUAACAAACAUACUGUUACAUGUAAAAUGUAUAGUGGUUAUUUAAAUUUUUCUAUUUAAUAUUUGUUUUGUGGAGAAUAAACCUCAGUUUGCCUUACUGAUCACUUUAUUUCCCACCAAUUUAAAGAGCAUAAAUAUUGACAAACGAAAUCCACCAAAUCAAAUAAAAAACACAGCUGGUUAUUUGUGGUUAUUUAUGAUCGUCAUGCCCUCCUUUAUUAACCAGCAGGAAAAUCCUAAACAUGAGCAAAACCUAAUCUUCUCCUCCCGUCCUCUCAGCAGUAGUAGUCUGUGCUUUGCGAAAAACAAAAUGACAGUUCACACUUGACAAGGUCGAGGUUUAUAUCCAUUCUGGGAGCAUGUUCCCGGAUUAACAUUUUUGAGUACUGCAAAUUCAGAUUAAAUGUGAAGAGUUUUGGCUCUUGGGAGUCCAAGCAAUGAGAAAGUGUUGCUUUUCACCUGAUGGGAACAUGUUAUUGUUGGGAAAUGAUAAGCCAUAUAGGAGUGAUGAAACUCUGUGUGUUCUGUCCUGUGUUUCUCCUCGUUUCCUCUGCUCAUUUCACUGUGCUCCUACUAGUGGAGGUUUACAUUGGAUGAGUGGGGCCAGUAAAUAUGAAUGAGUUUUUGUAUUGAUGAAUGGACGUGUUUUCAGACUAGAUCCAGCUUUAACGUGCAGAAAGUUUGGCUACAGUCAUACAUCUGAAAUCUCAAUCUGUUUCCGCACAACCCUCUACAUACAGUAACUGCUAAAAUCAACAGUGCAGUCUCAAGAAGUUCCUCUGGUGAUGUUUUUUUGAGCUCAGCUGCUGGCAGAACUCUCACAUCACAUGAUAAACAUCAACAAUGCAGCAAAACCCAUUCAAACAUGGACGCAUGCAGAUUACUGUAUAGUUGCAACAUGGUCAAGUGUUGUAAUUUGAUCUGUGAAGAGUAAUGUUGUAGUUUGAGGUUUCAGAUUGAGUCUGGCUAAUCUGGCAUUCCGCCAAAUCCUCCUAUCAGUUCUUGUUCUGUCAUCUUCAGUUUUUUUUCUUCUCUGUAUUAUUGUUUGUUCUGUCUCUGAACGCCCUCAAAAGUUAGGAAUGCAAUCACAUUUGAAUAAUUGAGAUGUUCUGAUACCAGCGCCAAAAGAAAAUGUCUAUAACAUAUUUUGAAAACUGUAAUCUACCAACACUGUAUGGAAGGGACUAUUGCUGUUGUAUGGCGUGGCUCAGGCUGAACCCAUUGGGAAAAAAAAUUCAUGGUGAGAAUGUCGUAGAACUUCUUUAUUAUUUAGUUUGACAGUCAAAAAUGAAAAGAAACACAAAUAAAUAAAUCUAGGAAAAUAAAACAGUUACCUCCUAAAGCUUGAAACUCAAUACACGUCGCCGCUUAACCUGGGGAACUAUACCGCAUGAAAUAUUACAAAAUUGACAUUUUAUUUAGCUCAGGCUAAAGCUACCGGAAAUCACUUCCUCUCCGCUGCUCUAAAAACAGUACUUGCCAGUGGCAGAACGGGAAAGAAAAAGUUAUUAUCUAGAUAAGAAAAUUGCAGUUUUAUCUGAUCGAAACUAAUAUACUUUAAAGACGUAGUAUCAACAUUUCCGUCAGCACCGGAGGCAUUUCCCAUGCUAGUAUUGGUAUCAGAACAUUUCUGUUGAGUAAUGCCACUGUACACUUGGUGUAGACAAAGUAUGAUGUCAGCAAGCAGUGGUCAUUACACUGCAGUGGCCAAUGAGCAUGAGCCAAAAUGCUAUCAUUGCAAUUUAGUGACAUACACUGUGUUUUUCCCCUGUACAUUGGUACAUUCUUCCAUGUCUAUUUGGUAAAACAGCGGCUGUGGGGUAACACCAGCGUCAUGAUUUGUAGAUGAAAGCUGUUCUCCUGCCCUCUGGUGAAAAAAUAGAUCCCAGAUGAAACCUUUCUGAUUUAUUUUCCUGUUGGCAAAACUGGACAUUUACAACAUUUUUCUUUUUUUAAAUAUUUUUCAGUACUUGUAUUUUCCUCAUGUCCCUACUUUUGCACCAAACAGAUCUUGUUCACACUAAUGACAGUUUUGAUCUUUCUCUGUACUGUGGCUGUUCCACAGACCCUUAUGGUUUUAGUUUAAGAUAUAUUUCUUUAUCUCUGUACGAAAUAAAAGACGAUUGUAUGACGAAAAAA